UUGAGUCCUACGGUACCGAUGGGCUGUACUCGAGAAGCUUUCUCUCAUCUACAGAUCAGGCUUUUCGGAAGAAGAAAGUUGCUACCACUCAAAACCCAGAACGUAUUCCAAUAAGACAGACGUAGAACCCAAGGAACCACCGUUCACUAAUUCUACAAUACGAUGUUUGAACGCGCCAUUUAAGUGGUGCGUCACGACAUCGAACUAGACGCGAGAGAUCAAAAACUACUAGUUUUCUACGCUCGCACUAUCAAUAUUGGAAAUAUUGGAUAUUGGAUCGUUGUGAUGCUUGGAGUUCUUACGAAUGUGUUGGAGGAGUUGUCAGCAUAUUUUACGGACGUCCAGAUAUCGUUUUUGAAGUAUGCUGUGUCUGCUCUGCUGUUCACAUCCACUUCAUUUUAUUUCAUACGGCGAACUUUUGCUGAGAAGCCAACCAGUGUCACAACGAAAAAACCGAAGACACGCACAAAGAAAGGCAAAAGCAAGUCUGUAGAUGGCAGAACGUCAUCAUCGGAUGGAGAUCACAAGGAAGCUAAAAGAUCCACAGUUGUAACACCCCACAAAACCAAACAAGAGCUGGUGCUUGCCUCUCCUCCAGUCGAGACCUUAUCUGUUGUGCAAAGUAUGCCGAAAAAGACAGCAGUACUUGAUGGCAAUAUGAAUGACAAGUGGGUAGCUGUUAAACGGGGUACAAAAUCUCCGCAUCAGCAAAUGAAAAGCAACAGUAUCAAAGAACCUCAAAUUGUUGUUCCUGAAGUCUCAAAGUUUGAAAACAAAACCCGUGUAGCCAAAAACAAAGCAAUAAUAAGGCUGACCUCUAAAAGGUUGCCACCUGUGCCUCAUAUUCCGCCCUUCAAAUCAGGUGGUUCUGAAUCUGAUGGUGAAUGGCGUGAGGUUCGCCCUUCUAGAAAAGGGCGCAAGCUAAAUAAGAAUUGAGUUCAUUGUAUGUAUCUGACCUGUACAUAUCCCCUGUGAUUUUUCAAGUGCCUGAAUUGCUAUCUAGAGAUACUGUUAUUCUUUCAUUCCACUGUUUGUAGUGUAUGACAGUCAAAUUUGAUUUCAACAUCUAAUAAUGUAUUGCAUCACUUGGGAUCUUAUUGCUGACAAUAAUUAAGUCUGUAAUUUAGUUGUCAGCUUUUCUCUUAUGGUCUGUUAUUUUGUAAUAAUAUGAUUCUGGCCUUAAAAAUCAAUAUUGUAUUGGGAUUUGCUUCUGGGUUAUAAAGUAUUUUCAACAAAAUGUUUACUCCUUAUAUUUUGGUUGACAAUACUCAUAAUAAUUCACAUUUGUCAUCUUUUAUGGUUUGAAUGUAUGUUGUACCUGCGUAACUCAAUCCCCUUGUCAUUCUUGGAAUCGACAAAAAUGUUCAUGGCUGGAAUUCGUUGAGUGGAAAGCGAGCAUUACUCACGUCGAAUAAGUGCUGAGAAGUUGGGAAAAAUCUUAUCAAACACACCUACAGCCUUUUAUUAUUUUCAGUUAUAUUGUAAACUUUAUUGAGUGGUGGUGACAGAGGACCAGAACUAUUACUAGAAGCACUUGUAAAAAUCGUGGUUGGUUUUCGCUGUAAUCUUGUAAGUUGUAGAUUGGUCUGGGCUGCAUUUGUUACCAUAUCUUUAGACUAAUU